AUGCGCAUGCUCGAAAAGGAAGACGAGGAGGGCGAUAUCCAAGUCUCAUGGCAGGACCAGGAGAAUAUCAACACCUUCAGCAAAUACAAUGCAAAACUGCAGGACUUCGAGGAAGCCUACGAGAGCAAAAAGACUGAAAAGGAAUAUCUCGAUGAUCUUGCUAUGGAGCUCGAACUCGCGGACGAAGACGAGCCCGUCAAGUACCGCAUUGGAGAGGCAUUCGUGUCGCUGUCAUUGGAGGCUGCACAGGAGCGUAUCACCAAAUCACAGGAAGAGCUCGACCAGGAGAUCGAAGGCCUGAAGUCGCAGAUGGACGAGGCUGUCGAGAAAAUGGACGGACUCAAGAAGGUCCUCUAUGCACGAUUCGGCAAUGCCAUCAACCUCGAGAAGGACUAA